CCGCCCCCUCCCCCCCGCCCCCUAUAGCCGCCCCCUCCCCCCCGCCCCCUAUAGCCACCGGCCGCCCCGGCCCCGCGUCCCGAGCGAUGGCGGCGAACCGCGUGGGGCGGCGGCAGGGGCGGGGGGGGUCCCCGGGCCGCCCCCCCGGCACCCGGCGCCCGCAGCCCCCCGCCCGCAGCCCCGGGCUCCAGCGGCGACCGGCCCGGGCCACCGUCAAGUACAACCGGCGGGAGCUGCAGCGGCGGCUGGACACCGAGCAGUGGAUCGACGGGCGGCUCGAGGAGCUCUACCGGGGGCGGGAGGGGGAGAUGCCGGAUGAGGUGAACAUCGACGACCUCCUGGAGCUGGAGACGGACGAGGAACGAGCCCAGAAGCUGCAGGGCAUCCUGAGGUCGUGCACCGCCGACACCGAGGAUUUCAUACGGGAACUCCUCACCCAACUCAAGGGGCUCCCGAAACAACAAGUCCUACAGAGACCCAGCCCGGAGGACCCCAACCCCCCCACUCCGUGACCCCCCCCCCCCGUGACCCCCCCCCCCCCGCGACCGUGGGGGUGGUGGGGGGGGGUGUCACCCACUCCCAGCACCCAUAACUGCCCCCCCAGCACCCACUGUACAGUAUUUAAACCCACCCACCGUGUAAAUCCUCCCCCCACCCCCAGAAUAAAACCUCGCUGUGCCUCA